AUGGUAGUCAUUCAUAGGGUUUACUUGGAAACGCUCUACUCUAACCCGGUUGCAAAUGUUCCUAACCUUUUGGAACAUAACAACAGUCGCUCCGUUGACCAAAUUAUAAUACUUGAUGGGGGUGAAGAUACUCCAAUGGAAGCUGCAGGACCUGAGAAUACACCACUUACCAUUCAUGCCGGGGAACAACAAGCAGAUGCUGACUUGCAGUUGACAGAGACUCCUAUCAACAACGUAAAUCACGAGUCUGGGGAUGCUGGUCUAAAUCUUAUUGACUCUUACAUGCAAGCAGAUGUGGAGGAAAACUUUGGCGAUGUUGAUGGCUCUAGAGCAUACUGGGAAAGCCUCCUCACGCAAGGCAAUGAAGACACACUUUUGUACUGGGAGUUUUGUACAGGGAAGACUAUGCUGUGA